AUGAAAAUGCUUCUGUUGGGUGUCUGGACGCUGCUGGCCUUGAUCCCUUGUCCAGGGACCACAGAAGAGCUGUUUCAGGUGUCUGUUCAUCCAAAUCAGGCCUUGGUAGAGUUUGGACACUCCCUAACCGUCAACUGCAGUACCACCUGCCCAGACCCUGGGCCCAGUGGAAUCGAGACCUUCUUAAAGAAAACCCAGCUAAGCAAAGGGUCCCAGUGGAAGGAGUUUCUCCUGGAGGAUAUCACAGAGGAUUCUGUGCUGCACUGCUUCUUCUCUUGUACAGGCGUGCAGAAGGACACAGUGCUUGAUAUCACCAUGUACCAGCCACCAGAGCAGGUAACGCUGGACCUGCAGCCUGAGUGGGUGGCCGUGGAUGAAGCCUUCACAGUGACGUGUCGGGUACCUAGUGUGGCACCCCUGCAGAGCCUCACCCUUACCCUCCUCCAGGGAGACCAAGAACUGCACAGAAAAGACUUCCUGCAUUUAUCUUCGGUAUCCCAAAGAGCCGAGGUCACUGCCACCGUCAGAGCCCACCGGGAGAAGGACAGGCAUAAUUUCUCCUGCAGAGCAGAACUGGAUCUGAGCCCACAUGGUGGGGGGCUGUUUCACGGUAGCUCAGCCACCAAGCAACUCCGGAUCUUUGAAUUCUCUCAGAAUCCCCAGAUCUGGGCGCCUUCACUGCUGGAAGUUGGGAAGGCGGAGACCGUGAGCUGUGAGGUGACGAGAGUAUUUCCAGCCCAGGAAGCUGUCUUCCGGAUGUUCCUGGAAGACCAGGAGCUGAGUCCUUUCUCCUCCUGGAAAGAAGAUGCAGCAUGGGCCAGUGCCACCAUUCGGGCCAUGGAGACCGGUGACCAGGAAGUGACUUGCUUUGUGUCUCUGGGUCCCCUGGAGCAGAAAACAAGGAAGCCAGUUUAUGUCUACAGUUUCCCUCCACCAAUCCUGGAGAUAGAAGAUGCUAACCCUCUGGCAGGGACAGAUGUUAAUGUGACCUGCUCAGGUCAUGUGUUAACAUCACCUAGCCCUACUCUUAGGCUUCAGGGAUCCCUAAACCGCUCUGCACCUGGGGAGCCUGCCUGGCUUCUGUUUACUGCCAGGGAGGAAGAUGACGGCCGGACUCUGUCCUGCGAGGCCUCUUUGGAGGUGCAGGGCCAGCGACUGGUCAGGACUACGGAGAGCCAGCUUCAUGUCUUAUACAAGCCAAGGUUUCAGGAAUCCGGCUGCCCUGGCAACCAGAUAUGGGUAGAAGGGAUGGAUCAGAUGCUUGCCUGCAUCCCGGAGGGAAACCCCACCCCGGCUUUGGUGUGUGUCUGGAAUGGGAUGAUCUUUGACCUCAAUGUACCUCAGAAGGCUGCCCAGAACCAUACUGGAACCUACUGCUGCACAGCCACCAACCCACUAGGCUCCGUCAGCAAAGACAUCACUGUCAUUGUUCAAGGCCUACCUGAGGGCAUCGGCUCCACCAUCUUCAUUAUCAUCAUUUUCACCCUGGGCAUGGCUUUGAUCACCUUAGCAUUAUACCUGAACUACUAG